AUGUCCGAGUGUGAUUGGACGGAGAGCAGUUUGAAGAAAAAGGCUAGGCGGGAGGAGAAUCAGUCUUAUGCUCCGCGUCCUUGUUCCUCUGCUAAUACUGCGCCUUUUCAGCCUCGUCAAAGUCAUCAGAGGAGUGCGUCGCAGCUCCCGAGGAACGCGAGCGCCAGUCCAACUCCUUCAUUUGUAGACCAGUUGAGAGAUUUGGGAGUUAGCCUUCCUUCAGGGGCUGGCUGGGUGUCGUCGCGCCUUCACAUAUCGUCGAUUCACCCUCUUAUGACUGAUACCGUUCGUGGCCAGGGUGAACUUCCAGUGUCUCCCAGUGCCGUUUUGCAAUCAAUGAGUCCUUCUGGGUCUAGUCGGUCAGUUUUUGGUGGGUCCUCAUCCCACGUGGCGUUAGACGUCAAUGAUUCUGCAGAUAUUUCUCACUUGUCAGGUUCCACUAGUGACUCUGAGUCCUCUUCUAGUUCCUCCACGUCUCUCCCUAAGGUUACCGAUACUCCGCUAGGCUCGUCAAUUACCGAGGAUAUGGGUAAGAAGCGGAAGGAAGCUGCGAAUCCCGAUAUGGACGGUGCUAGGCGCGUCGUUCCCAGUGGCGACAGAUCUGUUAAGCGUACUAAAGUGGACAGCGGUAGCUCGUCUGUUCCCCCAGAGAAACAAGCUGAUGCUCCCGUCACUAAUACAUCGACCACCCCCAUUGUGACUGGAGACCCUGAGGACGCGCAAUUUCCUUUUCCUUUGGUGGUGAGUGCUGCCGAAGCUGAGGUGGAUCCUUUUACUCAUACCCUCGUCCACGACUUUUGGGUUCCGACUGUUUUUGCUGCCAACUAUAGGGACAUCGUCGAGCGCGGCGGCGGUCAUAUGGCAAAGUUUCCCAUAGCAUGGCUAAAGGAACUGUUGGUGAAGGUGAAGAGCCGCAAUGAUCCUCGCGGUCGCCUUACUAGUCAAAUUUCUCAGUUGGAGGAGAGGCUGCAGAGGUGCUCUGAGGCGACUUCUAGCAAGAAGGUGGUGUUGGACCUGCUGCUUAUCGACGUUGGUUCGGCAAAUGACGAGGUAUUGCAAGCCGAGGCCGCCAAAGCGAAAGUCCGUGCUGAGCUCAAGGAGAAACGGAGGGAGUUGGAGAAGCUUUAA